CAUCCAGCAGGAUGCCGCUUGGCAGUCGCGAGCCUCUUGCGACGCCAUGGCAGCAAUAACCUCGACCGCGAGAUGGUGGCAGCGCUCACGCGGCUUUAGCACCUGGCCGGGUCGCCUGCCGCGGUUCCGGCUCCAUCAGCCAGGGGAGGACCAUGAGCAGCUGCUCAGAGGUCUGCCCAGCAUGGCAGACGUGGAGCACUUUGCCAAGCGCUGGCGGCGGCGGGUGCCCUGCCCUGACCCCUGGGCGCCGGUCGAAGGGCUCUACAUCCUGGGCCUCUACAGCCGCGCCAAGCAGCGCGUGUACCUUGGCCGCUACGAGUUCCGCUGCCUGGUGGAGCACGUGCUUUGGACGGCGAACGUGCGCCCGCAAGAGGCGGGUGAAGAGGCGCUGCCAGCACACCAGCUGCUGCUUGCGGCCUAUGCCUUGGCCCACUGCAAGCAGAAGGAGACCUUUCAACAGCUGGUGCCUGCCCUGCGCAGCUCGCUGCAGCAGGGACAGCUGGAGCCGCAGGAGCUCGCAAAGCUCGCGUGGAUGUUCUCCGUGGCCACGCUGCCCAACGAUCCCUUGCUGCCUACAGUAGGAGGCACUGCGCUGCAGACUCCCGGCAUUAGGCCGCAGCACCUGUCACAGAUCGCCCUGGCCCUGGCUGCCUCAGAGCAGGAGGAGGCCAUGUCCAAGCUGGAAGCGGUGCUGGAGCGGCUGCUGACGGAAGAGAACAUCCAGGAGUUGAAGCCUAUGGACCUGCAGGCCCUGGCCUCGGGUCUGCUGCGGGCGCCGCAGCGCAUGGCGCGGUUCCUGCCGCACUUGUUGUCCCCGCGCAUGGAUCGCCGCGGCCUGGUCAUCCUCUACCGCGCCUUUCAGCAGCACCGCGGCGCGCUGAGCGCGGAGGACUUGGCGGCGAUCGAGGCGAAGAACCGGGAGCUGAUGGCGGACAUGGAGGAGAUGCUGGUCAAGGCUGCCGCGCCUGAGCCAACUCCCUGGGCAGUGGCAGCGCCUUCAGAGUACCAGCAGCUUCUGCAGGAGCCGAACAUCACGGAGGUGGACCAUGAAUGCACCGUCGCCCUGCUGAACCGCCUGGGCAUCACGACGGACUGGCAGCAGCAGGCGCCCGCCUGGGAGCUCCAGGCGCGGAGCCUGCUGCAGCGCCUCCGCUCGGUGCCCUUCCUCGAGGCACACCCGGUGCCCAAACGCGAGCAGACGUUCGGCUACGCCUGGUGGUCUCUUCAAGGGGCUGAUGCGCAGACCUCUGGCGAGCUUCUUCUGCGCAGCGGGCAUCACAGUCGAGCAGCUGUCAACCAAGGAGGCGGUGAUGAACGCAGUUCCGUGGCACCCCUGGUGCCGCUGACUCUUAGCAGUUUCUGCCGCAGCGCUGAUUGCGAGAUCCAGGCCCUCGCAGCAGCUUUGCGUGAGGCAAAGCAGCUAGGUGGCAGGAUCCUGGGGGAGUUGCGGAUCUUGGUGGACCAGACCCCCUGCUUCUCCUGCCUGGGUGCCAUGGCCCAGUUCCGGGCCCUCCUUCCCGAGGUGCGGGUGGCGUGCCACUUCGUGCGUCUCAGCGAGCUUCGGCGUGCGGAAGGGGCGGAGGAGGAGCAUGCCGUCCGCGUCACCUACUCGGUCUAUGAGGGCCAUGAGGCAGCUGCCACCGAGUCUGCAGGCGGCCCGAGCUUAGAGGGCGCUGUGGCAGUGCUGCGGCAGAUGCUGCGGGCGGCCGGGCCCGAGCAGGAGGCGGAGCUCCUUCAACUGAUGGGCCGCGACAUCGAAGAACACACGGGUGAGACCGGCUUCCUGCCGUUGCAGGUGAUGUUGCCCAGCCCCGGGGCCUUCCAUGGAAUGAUCCGCCUGGCCUUGAAGGACGGGAAGGUGCGCGAAGCACUUGCGCUGCUGCGCUUCAUGCGCCGGAAGCACGUCCGGGUCUUUGCGCGGACGCUGCACGACCUUGUGGGAGACGCCGAGGUGCCGCCUCGGGAGGCCAUUGGCUUCUUGCGAGAGACGAUGGAGGCCAUUGGCCUGCCAGCCUCCAAGCGGCUUUUGGGCCAGCUGACCCUCCGCUGCGGCCGGCUGUCGCCGGGGUUCCUGCGCUGGCGUGCACGCAGCCCCCCCGUGUUGGCGGAGGACCGGGCAAAAGUCUCUACUUCCGGCCCGGCUUUCCAGUUCCUCGGCACGUGCAGCGCUGGCCCAACCCCGGCGCGGUGGGGAUGGCCAUCAGCCAGGCAUCCCCGGACUUGCUGCCGCGCUGGAGCCGCGCGCUGGGGGUCUGGGCUCAGAGCAGCCGCCAGGAUCCAGCCGUGCCCUUCCGGAUUCUACUCGAGGCCAUUGGAAUGGAUGAGGCCCCUGCCACAAGCAGUCAACUUCAAGAAGAAGUGCUUUGGGCCCUGGAGCAGACGGGCCUCUUGGAGCGGAUGCUCACCAAGCGGGAGAUCACGGAAGUGCAGGCGGCCGCGGUGAGGAGCAUCCAGGGCAAGCUGGUCCAGCGCUAUGGAAGGGCGACUUGAGGCUCGUCUCUGCCGAAGCGGAUCAUGCAGAGGAUGCUGCAGAAGGAGCACCUCGUUCAUCUCGAAGACGGUGGAGAACUGGCGUUCGCGAGCGCCCAGCGAGGCUUACUCUCCGCAACGGGUCGCCCCAAGGCAGCGGCGAUGGGCGCGUGGAGAUAUCGCGUCUCGUGGGCGAGCGGCAG